ACUAACCUUAACUUACUUUUAAACCACGUGCAGUGACAGUUGUGGUUGUUUCAAAAGUGAAAAUUAAUAAUUUUUAUUUAUUGUUUUUAAUGAUUUUAAAUAUUUAAUAUUAAGAAUGUCUACUUGUAGAAUUCACAACGUUAGAUUUUAUAAUCUAGAACCAAAAGCAGUAACAUGUUUGUGUUAUGGUCAGGAUGUUAAGAAGUUAGCACUCACGAGAGAUGACAACACUAUAGAGAUAUGGCACGUGGAAAAUGCGCCUUUUAUUUUAUCAACAAUUCCAGGACAUUGUGACUAUUCAAUAGAAGCAAUUCUCUGGGUUGGUUCACGUCUAUUUUCGACUGGUCUCCGUGGAAUGAUUGUAGAAUAUGAUUUAAUAAAAUUAGGCUCAAAAUAUGAAAUAGCUGUAACUGGAGGUGCUGCAUGGUGUAUGGACGUUAAUCGUGAUAAAACACGAAUGGCAAUUGGUACAGAAGAUGGUUAUAUAAAUACAUUUUUCAUAACAUCGGAUUCUUUACUUUAUGAAAGAAUUUUCGAUAAGCAGAAAGGAAGAAUUCUCUGUUUAAAAUGGGAUAAUUCAGGUGAUAUGAUAUUUACUGGAUCUUCCGAUACAGUGAGAGUUUGGAAUUCAAUAACUGGACAUGCAAUUCAUAAAAUGACGACAUCGAGAAAAGAAGCGAAAAAGGAAACUAUUGUCUGGUGUUUAGAAGUGACUGAUGAAAAUACAAUUGUCUCAGGUGAUUCUCGUGGUGUUAUUUGUAUAUGGGAUCCUAAUGUUGGUACAUUAAUUGAAUCAUACGAAAGUCAUACGGCCGAUAUUCUUGCUCUUAGUAUGUCAAACGAUAUGAAUAUGUUUUAUUGUGCGGGUGUUGAUCCUGUUAUUAGAAUUUUUUCAAAAGUCAUUUCUAAAGGUAGAACACAAUGGGUACGAGGUACUGAGAGACGAUUACAUGUACACGAUGUUCGAGCAUUAAUUGAAGCUAAUGGAAAAUUAUAUUCAGCUGGUGUUGAUGGUUAUUUGGCACAAUCGAGUUAUCCGCCUAAAUUUCUUGUUAAAUAUCCACCAUUAUUGCAAACGCCUUGCGUGAGUGUGUGUAAAAAAUCACGAUGCAUUCUCUUAAGAUAUAGUAAUUUUCUAGAAUUAUGGCGAUUGGGUGAGAGUAAAAAUUCACAAGAUUUAGUGCCAAUUGGUACUUUACAUCAAUUGAAAGAGGAGCCUGUUAAAUUACUCACGUUAAAAACAAAAGAUGAGGAAAAUAUUGUCACUUGUGCUGUGAAUAAAACAUCGAAAAUUAUUGUCUACUCAACUGAUAGUCAUUUGAGAAUUUUUAAUUUUGACGUUGUCGAUGGAAAUGCCAGUUUGUGUAGAAAUGAUACGGAUGUUCCAUUAAAUAAGGUACAAAAAAUUCUCUUCAGUCCGGAUUCAAAACGAAUUGUAACUAUUGAUAACAAUGGUAAUGUAAAUACUGUAACAUUUUAUGAGAUUGAAAAGAAAAGUCGAUUAAGAUAUUUUGGUGCAUUUCAAACUGAUAGUGAAUUUAUUCAUCGUGUUGGAUUAGUUUGCUUCUCACCAGAUAGAAGAUAUCUCAUUUGCUCUGAUGAGAGUCGAAUCGUCGUUUAUCACGUGGAUGGAGAUCUCACGAGGGAAUCACUUAAACCCUGGUCAUUACCUAAAUACAGUUGUCCUGUUACUGCUAUGUCUGUUCAAGAAGAUACUCUCAAUUUAGUUGUCGUCUAUGCCGAUCACAAGAUUAUUGAAUACAACAUUCCAUCUCGAAAGUAUACGGAAUUUUCCAAGAAUUUACAAAAUUGUCUACCAUUACAAUGGCUUUCGAGACCCUUUCCAAUCACCAAUAUAAUUUUUAAUCCUAAAAAUGAAAAUGUUAUAAUUAUGCAUGACGAUACUUCAGUUUUUGUUCUCAAUAAAAAGAAUGAAUUGCCUAAUAAUAAGGUGAAAAUUGCAAAAUUAGAAAAUGGUGAUUCACGAGAUGACUCAAAUUCUGGUCUUAGUACACAGUCUCAUCAUAUGUUUCAAAUCAUUAAAAAAUAUAAGCAUUUGGUCCAUUUGGAUUGGUUGAAUGAUGAAGAAAUGGUUGCUGUAGAGGUUAAUCCGAUAUCAUUGACUGAAAAAUUGCCACCAACUUUAAAGAAAAAGAGUUUUGGCAUUUAAAUAAUAAUUCAUAAAGAAAAUAUCAAAGAGGAAACAAAUACUGCUACAAUGUAAAAAAAUGUGAAUAUCAAGAAUUAAUAAAGCGCGCUACUCCAUUA